AUGUCCUCCGAGAUGGUUUGUGGCGGGUUCACCAACACGCGGCCCGCUACACCUGAGAUCCAGGCCAUCGCCGACCAGGUGAAGCCCCAGCUGGAAGAGAAGGAAAAGAAGAAGUUCUCUAUUUUUAAGGCCGUGGAAUUCAUGAGCCAAGCGGUCGCGGGCGCAAACUACCUCAUCAAGGUUCAAGUUGGCGAUGACGACUACAUACACAUUCAAGUGUUUGCAAGUCUCCUGCAUGCAAAUAGGCCCCUGGAGUUGACCAGCUAUCAGACCAACAAAACCAGGAAUGACAAGCUGGAGAGUUUCUAGCUCCCGAUUUUGAACAGGGCUC